AUGAAGUACCAUGCGGCUGUCAUUCUGGCCCUGCUUUAUGCAGAUCGAUUGCCGACAACUGAAAGCAUUCUCAUCCGACGCCCCGGUGUAGCUCUCAUACCAGACGGAACGGCGCCAACGUUUCUAGCCUCUCGCAGCGAUGCGACGACAGAUCACCAGUCAACUUCCUGCGUGCGCGGAGGAAACAUAGGUUCCAAGGCGCGCGACGCGAAGCAGCCCGUUCAGAAAGGGAACACGGAGGCGUGCAUGGAAUACUGUCAGAGCACACCAGGCUGCACUCACUUCACGUAUAAUCUGACAUCAAAAUACUGCCACAUCAAGAGCGGCCGGCCCCAGUUCUACACGUACAAGAACGACGUGACGGGGUCCCGGUCAUGUGACUUCAGUUGUUUCGUGAAAGGUGUAACGUACACCAACGCGCCGCAGGUAGCUGACACUCUGUCGACGCCCCUGGCGACUGACUGCCAGGCGGCGUGUGCGGCGGAGCCCAAGUGCAAGGUAUUUGUGUGGCAUGAGGACGAGUCGAAAUGCUACUUCAAGGGGGAAGGCUUUGGGAAGCACAAGGAAGUAGGAGUACACCCAGAUGCUAUUGCCGGGCCGAAGGAGUUUUGCGACAUGGGCGGCAACCUGAUGCAAGCCGAGGUAGCGAAUGGAGGCGCUCCGCCGACUCCUUCGACGGGGCCGCAAGUCACUCCCGGUCUCCAAGGCCCGGACGCAGGGCCAGGGCUGCCGCCUCCAGAAGCCGAGGUAGAGGAGCCAUCGGAGGGUGACACAGCAGUCGGUGGCUCUGAGACAGAGGAGCCACCAGCCGGCGGCGAAUCUGUUGAAGGCCCCGAGGCAAGUACGCCUUCAGGAAGCAAUGACUCGACGCUGACAGAGUUGCCGAAUGCUACCACCGACAACCCGAGGGAGGCCUGCAUUCACAAAGGCAACACAGGUUCCAAGGCACCCAACAUCAAAAACGCCGUCCAGAAAGGGAACACGGAGGCGUGCAUGGAAUACUGUCAGAGCACACCAGGCUGCACUCACUUCACGUAUAAUCUGACAUCAAAAUACUGCCACAUCAAGAGCGGCCGGCCCCAGUUCUACACGUACAAGAACGACGUGACGGGGUCCCGGUCAUGUGACUUCAGUUGUUUCGUGAAAGGUGUAACGUACACCAACGCGCCGCAGGUAGCUGACACUCUGUCGACGCCCCUGGCGACUGACUGCCAGGCGGCGUGUGCGGCGGAGCCCAAGUGCAAGGUAUUUGUGUGGCAUGAGGACGAGUCGAAAUGCUACUUCAAGGGGGAAGGCUUUGGGAAGCACAAGGAAGUAGGAGUACACCCAGAUGCUAUUGCCGGGCCGAAGGAGUUUUGCGACAUGGGCGGCAACCUGAUGCAAGCCGAGGUAGCGAAUGGAGGCGCUCCGCCGACUCCUUCGACGGGGCCGCAAGUCACUCCCGGUCUCCAAGGCCCGGACGCAGGGCCAGGGCUGCCGCCUCCAGAAGCCGAGGUAGAGGAGCCAUCGGAGGGUGACACAGCAGUCGGUGGCUCUGAGACAGAGGAGCCACCAGCCGGCGGCGAAUCUGUUGAAGGCCCCGAGGCAAGUACGCCUUCAGGAAGCAAUGACUCGACGCUGACAGAGUUGCCGAAUGCUACCACCGACAACCCGAGGGAGGCCUGCAUUCACAAAGGCAACACAGGUUCCAAGGCACCCAACAUCAAAAACGCCGUCCAGAAAGGGAACACGGAAGCGUGCAUGGAAUACUGUCAGAGCACACCAGGCUGCACUCACUUCACGUAUAAUCUGACAUCAAAAUACUGCCACAUCAAGAGCGGCCGGCCCCAGUUCUACACGUACAAGAACGACGUGACGGGGUCCCGGUCAUGUGACUUCAGUUGUUUCGUGAAAGGUGUAACGUACACCAACGCGCCGCAGGUAGCUGACACUCUGUCGACGCCCCUGGCGACUGACUGCCAGGCGGCGUGUGCGGCGGAGCCCAAGUGCAAGGUAUUUGUGUGGCAUGAGGACGAGUCGAAAUGCUACUUCAAGGGGGAAGGCUUUGGGAAGCACAAGGAAGUAGGAGUACACCCAGAUGCUAUUGCCGGGCCGAAGGAGUUUUGCGACAUGGGCGGCAACCUGAUGCAAGCCGAGGUAGCGAAUGGAGGCGCUCCGCCGACUCCUUCGACGGGGCCGCAAGUCACUCCCGGUCUCCAAGGCCCGGACGCAGGGCCAGGGCUGCCGCCUCCAGAAGCCGAGGUAGAGGAGCCAUCGGAGGGUGACACAGCAGUCGGUGGCUCUGAGACAGAGGAGCCACCAGCCGGCGGCGAAUCUGUUGAAGGCCCCGAGGCAAGUACGCCUUCAGGAAGCAAUGACUCGACGCUGACAGAGUUGCCGAAUGCUACCAGCGACAACCCGAGGGAGGCCUGCAUUCACAAAGGCAACACAGGUUCCAAGGCACCCAACAUCAAAAACGCCGUCCAGAAAGGGAACACGGAAGCGUGCAUGGAAUACUGUCAGAGCACACCAGGCUGCACUCACUUCACGUAUAAUCUGACAUCAAAAUACUGCCACAUCAAGAGCGGCCGGCCCCAGUUCUACACGUACAAGAACGACGUGACGGGGUCCCGGUCAUGUGACUUCAGUUGUUUCGUGAAAGGUGUAACGUACACCAACGCGCCGCAGGUAGCUGACACUCUGUCGACGCCCCUGGCGACUGACUGCCAGGCGGCGUGUGCGGCGGAGCCCAAGUGCAAGGUAUUUGUGUGGCAUGAGGACGAGUCGAAAUGCUACUUCAAGGGGGAAGGCUUUGGGAAGCACAAGGAAGUAGGAGUACACCCAGAUGCUAUUGCCGGGCCGAAGGAGUUUUGCGACAUGGGCGGCAACCUGAUGCAAGCCGAGGUAGCGAAUGGAGGCGCUCCGCCGACUCCUUCGACGGGGCCGCAAGUCACUCCCGGUCUCCAAGGCUCGGACGCAGGGCCAGGGCUGCCGCCUCCAGAAGCCGAGGUAGAGGAGCCAUCGGAGGGUGACACAGCAGUCGGUGGCUCUGAGACAGAGGAGCCACCAGCCGGCGGCGAAUCUGUUGAAGGCCCCGAGGCAAGUACGCCUUCAGGAAGCAAUGACUCGACGCUGACAGAGUUGCCGAAUGCUACCAGCGACAACCCGAGGGAGGCCUGCAUUCACAAAGGCAACACAGGUUCCAAGGCACCCAACAUCAAAAACGCCGUCCAGAAAGGGAACACGGAGGCGUGCAUGGAAUACUGUCAGAGCACACCAGGCUGCACUCACUUCACGUAUAAUCUGACAUCAAAAUACUGCCACAUCAAGAGCGGCCGGCCCCAGUUCUACACGUACAAGAACGACGUGACGGGGUCCCGGUCAUGUGACUUCAGUUGUUUCGUGAAAGGUGUAACGUACACCAACGCGCCGCAGGUAGCUGACACUCUGUCGACGCCCCUGGCGACUGACUGCCAGGCGGCGUGUGCGGCGGAGCCCAAGUGCAAGGUAUUUGUGUGGCAUGAGGACGAGUCGAAAUGCUACUUCAAGGGGGAAGGCUUUGGGAAGCACAAGGAAGUAGGAGUACACCCAGAUGCUAUUGCCGGGCCGAAGGAGUUUUGCGACAUGGGCGGCAACCUGAUGCAAGCCGAGGUAGCGAAUGGAGGCGCUCCGCCGACUCCUUCGACGGGGCCGCAAGUCACUCCCGGUCUCCAAGGCUCGGACGCAGGGCCAGGGCUGCCGCCUCCAGAAGCCGAGGUAGAGGAGCCAUCGGAGGGUGACACAGCAGUCGGUGGCUCUGAGACAGAGGAGCCACCAGCCGGCGGCGAAUCUGUUGAAGGCCCCGAGGCAAGUACGCCUUCAGGAAGCAAUGACUCGACGCUGACAGAGUUGCCGAAUGCUACCAGCGACAACCCGAGGGAGGCCUGCAUUCACAAAGGCAACACAGGUUCCAAGGCACCCAACAUCAAAAACGCCGUCCAGAAAGGGAACACGGAAGCGUGCAUGGAAUACUGUCAGAGCACACCAGGCUGCACUCACUUCACGUAUAAUCUGACAUCAAAAUACUGCCACAUCAAGAGCGGCCGGCCCCAGUUCUACACGUACAAGAACGACGUGACGGGGUCCCGGUCAUGUGACUUCAGUUGUUUCGUGAAAGGUGUAACGUACACCAACGCGCCGCAGGUAGCUGACACUCUGUCGACGCCCCUGGCGACUGACUGCCAGGCGGCGUGUGCGGCGGAGCCCAAGUGCAGGGUAUUUGUUUGGGAAGAGGACGGGUCGAUCUGUCGGCUGUAUGGAGAGGGGUUCACGGCGCACGAGGAAACAGGCGAGUUUCCAAGGGCCAUCGCGGGACCGAAGGAAUUUUGUGACAUGGGUGGCAACAUAGCGCGGACUGGACCUGCUGACUGGUGA